CCUGGAGAGUCUAGGAGGUCAGAGAUCCGGCUCCGACCCUAACUAGCAGGUCUCUAGGGGCGACAGGUGAGAGGGACAGGAUGUGCACCGCAGCCACCUAGCUUCCUCAGUUCCAGUGACAUGGGGAAGAGCUUCCUUUUCGCCAGCGCCACCUGAGGAUUUUCCUGGAGCCGCCCCCCGCGAUGGAAGACGACCAGGAGCUGGAGAGAAAAAUAUCAGGAUUGAAGACCUCAAUGGCUGAAGGCGAGAGGAAGACAGCCCUGGAAAUGGUCCAGGCAGCUGGAACAGAUAGACAGUGUGUGACAUUUGUACUGCACGAGGAGGACCAUACACUAGGAAAUUGUCUGCGGUACAUAAUCAUGAAGAACCCGGAAGUGGAAUUUUGUGGUUACACUACAACCCAUCCUUCAGAGAGCAAAAUUAAUUUGCGAAUUCAGACACGGGGUGCACUUCCAGCUGUUGAGCCGUUUCAGAAAGGCCUGAAUGAGCUCUUGAAUGUCUGCCAGCAUGUGCUUGUCAAGUUUGAGGCCAGCAUAAAGGACUAUAAAGAUAAAAAGACAAGAAAAAACGAACCCACAUUCUAGUCGCUCGUGCAGGGUACAAGCAGGACCACCCUCAGGAUGGUGCAGAACCCAAAAUUUGUGAUUGCAGCAUGUUCUGUCCUGUAGGAAAAUGUGGCUCUAGCUGUUGGCCCAUUACAGCUGUUGGAAUCUCUGCAAGUAUAUUUGCCUAAUAAAUUCUCUCUUUUGCUUAAACUA